AUGAAAGAGCUACGUGGCUUCAAGUACAACUCUGUUCCUUUGGAGCAGGCCCCAGCCGAGAUGAUCGAGUGCAAGACCAGUCUCGAGUAUACUGCAUGGGCUAUGCAAAAAUUGCUCGAGUGCAAUGACGACACGACUCACCAAUUGCUUGAAAAGUCUACAGAUAUCCAGCGACUUUUCCAACCCAAAAUAUGGAGACAGGCCGGCAGACCACACAUUAGCGACAUGUUCUUUCUACGAUCAGAGCCAUGCUAUGCUGUAGCACUCUACCUGUUCCUCGACCAGAGUAAACUUGUUGCCAAUGGAGAAAACAAGUGCUGCCAACAAUGCGACCACAUCAACAACAAGGGUCCUUUUGACAAGUGCAUCUCGGCCGGCACGGACGUGGCCAAAGGAGCAUGUCUAAACUGCUAUUACUCCGCCUCGGGGAAAAACUGUUCAUUUCAUUUGGAGAAACCCCUCAAAGCGGGAUCAAAAUAUCCGACCGAAGCUCAGAGAAAAAAGGCCACAGCGUCUGAUCUGGAGUUGUGGAUGGACCAAAUCCGGGCCGAACUACACCGGCGGGACAAGGCCAAAUUUGCAAUUGAACUAGAAGAUGACAAAGACGAAGACGAAGGUGAUGGACAGGGUGAAGGUGGUGGACAGGGUGAAGGUGGUGAAGAUGACGAAGACGGCGAAGGCGAAGGUGAUGAAGAGGGCAAUGACAACGAAGAUGAUCCAGUGGACAAAGAUGUUGGAGACCACGAAGAGGGUGGAGAGGCAUCUCGUUCCAAGCGUCAAAAGACGGCCAACGCAGAGGACACCGAGUAG